AUGGCCGACAGCCAGCCUCCUCCUCCAGAGUCCAGUCAAAGCCGCGGCGGUCGUCGCCGUGGCCGCGGAGGGGCAGCAACCUCCGGCCGAGAUUCACAACGGAAUGGUGAUGGCACUGGAAGAACAUCCAAGCCUCGCACUCGUGGUAGCGGUCGCGGCGGCGCCGAAGGUGGACGUGGCAGACAGAAUCCCAGUGCCGACCAGGCCCAGAAUGAUGACACGCAGUCCACAUCGAAAGCUACGAUAAAGGCGAAGAAACCAGUCGUCGCAGCAACCGAUGAUGCAGAUGAUGGAGAAGUUUGCUUCAUUUGCGCCUCUCCCGUUGAGCAUACCUCCGUCUCUCCUUGCAACCAUCGGACCUGUCACAUCUGUGCGCUUCGGCUGCGGGCACUAUACAAGAACAAAGCUUGCGCUCAUUGUCGGACCGAAUCGAAUUUCAUAGUCUUCACAGAUGAUCCGGUACGGCGAUUUGAGGACUUCCAGAAGAAAGACUUUGCUCGAACAGAUGAAAAUCUUGGUAUCCAAUAUGAGAACGACGAGAUAUUCGAGGAUACGGUGCUCUUGUUGCGGUAUAACUGCCCGGACGAGGACUGUGACGUGGCUUGUCUGGGCUGGCCGGAUCUCCACCGUCACGUAAAGAACAAGCAUGGGAAGGCGAUGUGCGAUGCGAUGUGGGACCGGCAGCUGACGAUGUGGAACAGUGACCUCUGUACACGGAACAAGAAGGUGUUUACUCACGAGCAUGAAUUGUUCACACCAGCCGAGUUGCGUAGACACGAGAAGUCCGGAGACGAUAAGCCAGGUGCCAUAGAUCAAAGUGGUUUCAAGGGACACCCCGAGUGUGGUUUCUGUCGUCAGCGCUUCUAUGGUGACGACGAGCUUUACACCCAUUGUCGUGACAAGCACGAACGUUGCCACAUUUGUGACCGACGCUCUUCCCACCGCCAGCAACAAUACUACGUCGACUACAACGCGCUUGAGAACCAUUUCCAAAAAGAUCAUUUCAUCUGUCUGGACCAGGAAUGCCUUGAAAAGAAGUUCGUCGUAUUCGAGUCUCAGAUGGAUCUGAAGGGUCACCAACUUGAGGCACAUCCCAACGGACUUUCCAAGGACGUUCGCAGAGACGCCAGAAUGGUUGAUUUGGCCGAGUUCGAUAACAUGCGCACUCCAUACCAACAGGGCCGUCAACGUCGGGGUGCCGGCCGAGGCCGUGACCCCAAUGCUGAGCCAUUGCCGGCAUCCAGCGCUCAGCCAAUGACCCGAGCUGAAAUCGCAUACCAGCGCCAGAUGGCUAUCCAAAGCUCACAAUCCGUCUCGACCCGCACCUUUGGUGGUCAGCUCACCCGGGAGGAUACUCAGCCUGUGCGCGCACCCGAGCGGUCCGCCGCUGCGACCCCCGUGCAAGCUCCUCCCGCCUCCCGCUCUACUCCUCUCCCUACUGCUCAAUUCGAAAAUCUCAACAUCUCUGCCACGCCAGCUCCGGUCAGUUCAUUAGAUGAAACUCGUCGCCUGCGCCACGGGGCCGUAAUUGAGCGUGCCUCCAACCUCCUUCGUAACGAUGCCACCAAGAUGGGCGAGUUCCGCCAGAGAGUAUCAAACUACCGUACUUCUUCCAUCUCAGCAACAGAGCUCAUCGAUGCCUUCUUUUCAUUGUUCGACACAUCCAGCACAGAGCUGGGGAAACUUGUCAAGGAACUAGCCGACAUCUACGAGGACGAAUCGAAGCGUUCCGGUCUCCUUCGAGCCUGGAACGACUGGCGUGCCAUCAACGAGGACUACCCGGCCCUUCCUGGUCCUGGGGGUCUUCUUCCUGGCAUGUCCCCAGCCACCGUCAGCACUGGCGGAAAACGAGUACUUCGCCUGAAGUCAUCCACCGCCCAAUCUUCCCGUUCUGCAGUCGGCCGAAGCGGUGCUCUUCCAACCGCUCCCUCAAACCCAUUCCCUCCUCUUUCUGCCGCAGCUGGCUCCUCUUCUCGCCGCUCAAAAGCAUCAUCCGCUACCCCUUGGGCUGCAGCCGCACCCGCGCCUUCAUUCUCUCGUCCUUCCAUGCCAAGCCCGGUCAGCCGUCCUUCCUCCACGACCCCCUCUUCCAGCCGUGCUCCUGUUUCUGCUCCUGCCCCCCGCGGUGAUGCCUUCCCAUCCCUCCCACCAGCAGCCAAGCCAAACGUCCUGAUGGCCGGCAAGACCCGCGGUACGGUCCGCUGGAACGACAACCGUGGUCCCGCUCCCAGUGCAUGGGGUUCCGGAAACAGCUCUGGAACUUCCACCCCUGCUGAGCCAAAUCUUGAUCAGGAGUCAAGCUCUGGCAAGAAGGGCAAGAAGAACAAGGGAAAGCAGACCUUGUUCCACUUCGGAUAA